CAUUAGAUCUCCCGCCUCCUCUCAAACCAUAAAGUGAGAAGGAAACGGCGCGUGUGUUUGUCUGAUGUGGAGGACACUGAAUAUUUUUGCCCGUUUAAUUUGCGAUGGUGUCGUAAUUUUCUGCUUAAUCUCGUCAAUUCAGUGGAAUAAAGCGCAUCAAACGCGGUGAGAGAGAGAGGGGAGGGGCGCAGGUGUUUUUUCGCGGUCUUCGACAUCACAUAUUUUCGCGUUUGUGCCUCGCUGGCUAAAAUAGGAGUUGGGCAUCAGCUGCGUUUUUUUCUGGGGAAACUGAACAAAACGUUUGAAAGACGGAUGGUAGAAGCAAUUGGAAAGUGGCGGAUUGAAACCAUAAGGCAAUCGUCGGUGCGCGUUUAUCAGUCAGCCUGUCUGAACAUUGAUAUUUUGUGUUAGUGUCGGUAAUACUUGCCUGCGCAUCGGUAGCUGUAGAUGGAACGUAGGCUGACGGAGCGACAACAGUGGUUCUGCAGGCAGAUGCACGCGCAGCAUUCUGACUCGAAUGCCGGGUGAUUACGAUAAUGGCAUUUAGUGUUCAUAAUAGCAACGCCGCGAGCUCGGGAACCACUGCGGAAGCUGCGUGCGACAGUUCAGUUAUACUUGUCACAGAACGGUGUGUCAGGUAGUGUCUCUCCUGUGUGUGUGUGUGUGUGUGUGUCUGUUUAUUCACACGCUCGCGUGCGUCUGAUUGGCUAGAGUGAGCCCUGUACUGGCAUUGCCUACAUGAGUUUGUGAGUGAGUGUGUGUGUGCGAGAGAGAGGGAGAGAGAGUGCGUGAGGUGCCGUUAAGUUUAGAGUCAAUUUGUUAGCAGACGGGAAGCGAAGAGGCGCGAGCGAGGAGCCGGAGGUGCGAGCGCUGUGUCAUCGAUGUCCGGCGCAUGCUGGGGCAGUCAGCCUGGCCUACUGUGGAGCGAGUCCCGUCAGCGAGGGAGGGAGGGGGGGGGGAGACCGGUGCUGCGAAAAGCGUCGUGUCAGCGCGUUCCAUCCGUCUGUAAUUCACUGUGUCAGUCUGCCAGUAGGGCACGCGCGCAGAUGUGAGUUUUGUUACCGUUAGCGGGGGAUCUGUUCGCGCUGCACGUGUGAUGUUACCGUUGCCCUCCGCUCGUGAAUGUCAGAGCGUGGGGGCUCCCUGCUAGAGAAACUCCCCGAAAGCGGAUCCCCCCCUGUCUCUCUCCUCCCCCCACUUGGAAAAAGAGGAGCGGCAGCUGGGACCCCAGCAGCUCUUUGUCGCGGAGCGCGAAACGCGGAAAGUUGCGGGCAUGGAGAGGAUUCUGGCGGCGGAUUGGACGGGCUGAGCCAGCGGUAGAGGUGUCGCCAGGCGUGUAGUACAGAGACGUCGCGCGCGGCGGGUUACCGCCUGAAGCCUCGCCAGUUUGGCCGACUGCAGGUCUCUCUGCAUACGUCCCGCAGUCUCUCUCUCUGCACCGAAGGACAGCUGGUCCCGGAGCCCCCGUCUGGACGUUUCGGGAGCCCUGUCGGGGUGACGGCGGGAGGGAGCGGGCGGCUGUAGAGCGGGUUCGGAGGGCAGGAGGGCGCGCGGGCGCGUUUCGGCCACAGGGGGCGCCAUGCAGGUCUCCUUCGCCUGCACCGAACACAACCUGAAGAGCCGGAGCGAGGACCGGCUGUGCGGCCUGCGCACUGCCCCCCCGCCGGGGGGGGGCUCGGGGUGCGGCCCCGGGGGAGCGGGAGGGGGCGGGGGCGGCGGCCAGGGCGGGAACGGGCCCCUGGUAUUGGCCAAGGCCAGGGAGGCGGCGGCCGCUGCGGCACGCCCCCCGACCCAAGGCCACGCCCACAUGAAGGAGGCCAUCGGGAGGCACAGCAGCAUGAAGUACAGGAACCUGGGGAAAUCUGGUCUACGUGUUUCAUGCCUUGGUCUGGGUACAUGGGUGACAUUUGGUUCUCAGAUCUCAGAUGAGAUGGCGGAGAGCCUGAUGACCGUUGCGUAUGAGAAUGGCAUUAACCUCUUUGAUACGGCUGAGGUGUACGCGUCUGGCAGGGCUGAAAUCACUCUGGGCAACAUUUUCAGAAAGAAAGGAUGGAGGCGUUCCAGUUUCGUGGUGACCACCAAGAUCUACUGGGGAGGACAGGCGGAGACAGAGAGGGGCCUGUCCAGGAAGCACAUUAUUGAAGGUCUGCGGGGGUCUCUGUCCAGGCUGCAGCUGGAUUACGUGGACAUUGUCUUUGCCAAUCGCACCGACGUCAACAGCCCCAUGGAAGAAGUGGUGCGUGCCAUGACCUUCGUGAUUAACCAGGGCCUUGCCAUGUACUGGGGAACCUCCCGCUGGAGUGCCAUGGAGAUCAUGGAGGCGUAUUCGGUGGCGCGUCAGUUCAACCUGAUCCCACCGGUGUGCGAGCAGGCUGAGUACCACUACUUCCAGAGGGACAAGGUGGAGGUGCAGCUGCCCGAGCUCUACCACAAGAUCGGUGUUGGGGCGAUGACCUGGUCCCCGCUGGCCUGUGGGCUGAUCACAGGGAAGUACAACGAGGGCAUUCCUGAAUGUUCCCGGGCCACCAUGAAGGGCUACCAUUGGCUGAAGGAGCGCGUCAGCAGCGAGGAGGGGCGGAGACAGCUGGCCAAAAUCAAAGAGCUCCACCUGCUGGCCGACCGGAUGGGGUGCACUGCUGCACAGCUGGCCAUCGCCUGGUGUUUACGCAGUGAGGGCGUGAGCUCUGUUCUUCUGGGUGUUUCCAACACUGAUCAGCUGGUGGAGAAUUUGGGAGCCCUGAGGGUCCUGUCCCAGAUGAGUCCUCAGUUGGUAAAUGAAAUAGACUCUCUCCUGGGAAACAAGCCUCACUCAAAGAAGGAGUCUCGCGCAUGAGGGGGGGGGAGGCUAAGACAGCCGCCAUUACAGAGAGGAUAAAAAGAGAGAGAGGAGAGGAGCGGAGGACAGCAAUGCACCUCCUGCCCUCCCGCCUCGUAUAUAACCUACUGCUCGCAUGUCUUUCCAACACGCUUAUAGUGUUCUUCUGCACCUGCACCUACAUAUUUUAUGAAAAAUUAAUGAAAAAAAUUAUAAAUUUGCACCUCAAAUCUGAGGGGAGAAAAAAGAAAGAGUAUUUUUCAAAAAUAGAAAAAAAAAAGCACAGGACUCUUGGGUCAAAUAACCUGGCCUAAAAUGGCUUCCUGUUGUCCCUGUGGUGAAGGGGAAGAAGAGAAACAGAAGGGGAGAGGAGGCUCGGGCCUGCGGUAGAACGAUCCGGAACGGGAGAUUGGAAUGAGUGGGACUGGAGAGAGGAAGGACGGAAGGAGUGAGGAACAUGGCUGCCACGCCCUCCUCUCUGGCCAGCCCACUCCACUUCCUGUUUAACAGGAAGUACAGGAGGACGGCUGCAGGCUUGGACAGCACACACAGUCAGGACAGCAGCAUCCGGGACAGAAGCAGCACUGUGCCCACCCCAUUACGGGGUCAUAACCUCAGGCUGGCAGUCCACUGGCAGGAUGUCCAGUCUGCGCUUUGUCUCCGGGAGUUUGCAGGCUCUAUGCCCAGAUGGGUCAUGGGCAUCCCAAUCCCUUUAAAAACCCGUGUUAAAGAUGUACCUGUAAUAACAGGGUGAAAGGUGCCCACCCAGUGAACUUCCUGUGUUUCCGCAGAGCAAACAAAGGGGCUCUCAGAAUCUCCAGUCUCUUGCCGGCGCCUCCCUUCUCAGCGAGUAAACUGCGCGCAUGUCCCUUUAAGAAAGACCCGGCCAGUCGGUGAACAGGCAAACGCGGGGUUCAGCUUUUGGCAGUGCUGAGCGGUUGCCAAAACUUUUUUUUUUUUUCCUUUCAUAUUUUAUUUUGUCGCAAAGUCAGCAUGGUUAGAAUGAGUGAUGGGGAAGGGGAGGGCCUCAUGCAGGAUCAUAACUGAGAUGGAAACUUCUUGGCCCCGCCUCCUCUCCCCGGCCACUCCCCUUUUUAAAGACACAGUGUCCGUGUAUCUAUGCUCCACCUCCUGCCUCACUGGCAGUCUUCCGCAUCUGUGACAAUGGUCCUACCAAGGAUGACAGGAUGCUGUGCGCAAGAGAGCUGGUGUAAUUGCAAAAAUGGUGGACCUGGAAAACCUGCAUCAAUCUGUUUCCGGUUCAGGUGUCAUAUGGGCAAAUCGACCCCUUAUUGGAUACAAGGCCAUCACAUGAUUGUGUACUUCAGCACAUUGUUUUGCGCAUGUGUACAUACAAGUUACUGGUAGGUUAGUUAUCUUAGUAGCCUUGUACGUAGCUUUCUUAGCAAUGAAGGUAGCUAACAAGGCUCUGUAGCUGGCUUUAUCAUCUCGAAAGUUAGCAGCUAGCUAGCUGCAAGCUUGCCAUAUGAUAAAGCCACGUUAAAUUCGGUUCAGUUCAGGGAAAUGUCGCGGAAAUGUCACCUGAACCCCUGAACAGACUGAUGCAGGUUUGUGUUUGUAAUUACACCGGCAGGGGUGGAGAUGGGAACUCCUGCUUCCACUGCUGUACUCUGCCACUAGGGGGUGCUGUGAGCAUCAGCCAAGACCCUCAAUGGAAGAAAGAUGCUCCACUCCUGCUGAACACUCUAAAGGUGACGGCCCCUGUUGGCAUGGUAACGCCAGGGGGGCUCUGUGGGUGGAGCAGUCCGGGGGGGCGUUUGUCUACAGGAGAGGAGGGCGGUAGGUAAGGAGGAGAAGUCACGUGCAGUCACGCUCCAGCUCCUCAGAGUGAGGCCAAUGGCCGGAGACGCAGUCCCAGAAUGCCGUGCGGCAGGCGUUUCCUGGACCAAGCCAGGCCGUCACAUGGAUGCUCUCCUGUUGAAUUGUGUGUGUGGCCCGCAGGCCGAAGAGGCUCAGGAGCACUGCUUUAGAUACAGAGGAAUUACAGGGUGCGUCACACAAGUGUUGCUAUUAGUUUUAGUGGAAUUAUUUGUCCAAUGAUAGAUUGUCUCGCUUUUAAAAAAAAUGAUUAUUAUUCCCGACCUGUUAAUGAGUUGUUGAGGCUUUGAAUGUGGGUGCAAACCAUGUCAGAUUACCUAGCCUGCGUUCACAGAUUAAUCUGGGAGUGUGCUGAUGUGCAGAGAGAGAAAUGCAUAGAUCCAACAAAUCUUUUUUAUUAUAUAGUUUGUCACUGAGUGACACAGACUUUUCCAUGGGAUGGAAUGCUGUUGUUGAGAGAAAUUCUGUGUUAACUUAGGAGUUACCAUAGGAACACCACAGAUACUCUGAUGACAUCAGUGAGAAACUAUUGUGAUGUCACUCUGUGACUGUUGAUAAUUUCCAUCAAUAAUAACUUAAAACACAAAAAUUCUUACUUGGGCUUUAUAUCAUAUUAUACUAUAUUAUAAAAGCCUCCUCAAAAUGAAUUCACAAAAUAUUUAUGCAAGGUGUGAGUUAUGAACAGACAAAUGUUUAUGUUCGUUUUAUGUGCAAUUUUCAUGAAACGCAUUUUUGGUAAAUGAAAAGAAAACAGAAAAGAAAAAGGAAACUGGUACUCCAAAGGGAGGAAAAGUAAAAUUGCAUUAUAUGUGUCGCUAGAUAUAAAUAAGCUGAGGGCAUGUCAGGACCUGUUCCUGCAGGAUGAUGUCACCCUCUGCUGGCUCACUGGACUGAACUGGACUCUGUCCACACCAGCCCCCCCCCCCCUCCUCCCCCCUCCUCAAGAGCAUGUGGACGAGGAUUCUGUUUUUUUACCCAUGAGCACACCGCAAACCCCUGCGCAAAGUCCCAGCAGCCUAGCGAACGUCGCCACCACACUGCCGCACCCCUUUCACCUGGGAUUCAAACCCGCAACCUCUGACUUAAUAGCAGUCAUACCUCUUAUAGCGACAUGUUUUCAUUAGUUAUAAAAUGUAAAAAAAUAAAAGGAUUGAGAGAUAGAACCAAGGGAAAACACACAGAAAAAGGGUGGAUUCCAUUCUUUGCACAUGUUGUAACACUCUAUGAAGGUUCCUGCACAAUGACUACAUAAAGGCUUUAUUUCCAUGACAUAGCACUGCAUCAUAGGGUGAGCUGCGUUAAGACAUGCGUGUCACAACUAUAAGAUUCCAGUUCAGCUUGUGGUGUUGAGGGCUUUGUGUAGUGAUUGCUGUGUGAUGUCAGAACCUCGGUUAAAAAAGUGUUCUGGAAUGUGUUCAUUAAAUUGUAUCAACAGAAAUCUCAGCGAAAGUGACGAUCGUUUAGUCUGUGUACAUAAAGUCAUAUUACACUCUUAAAUACUCUAUCUUUGCCUGUAUAACUUUAUCAAAUGUUACUGUCCUGCAAAAGAAAAAAGAAAAAAAAAAACAACCCUGUAUUGAAUGUACUUUGCUUGCCUUUAAAAAUGUCGGGGGGGGGGGGGGAUCUCUACUUUCAUAGUGUAAUUCCUGUGUCUAUAGAAAAAAAAUGGUUCACGUAAAAAUGAACCAAACAAACAAACAAAAAAGACUGAGCAAAAUGCAGUUCUGUAGCAGUCUUUCCUCUCCUGCAGUUAUUUCCCUGGGGAACGGACUGAGACGCAGCGAUGAUUUCUGCUUUUUGUCAAAGAAUACAUCCGUACUUAUAUACAUAUAUUUCACUUUAAGCGUACAUUUUCGGUUAUUUAGCGUAGCUUAAUAUAAUUUAGUAUAAUCAUAUGGUUUUAUUAUUAUUUGCAAUACAUUCUGUAGCAUGAAGCGCUAGUAUUUUCACGGGGAGCUGGGAGGAAUCAUGUGAUUUGUAUGCUGUGGUAACUUUGAAAGGCGUGAUCGCUGGGUUCUGUGUUUUAAGACAUGUAAUGUAACAUGCAGUGGCACUCUCAUCCAGCAUCCCUCUGUUCCUCCAUCUGCCUCCCUCCUUCUGUUCUCUCCCUCCUUUCAUCACUUUCCUUUUUUUUUGGGGGGGGGUGUGUGUUCUGGGGAAGUGAAUGUGCAACCAGCUGUACACAGAAAUGCAGACGCGCACACACACAGACAUACACUCACACAUGCAUGCACUCACACACAUAAGCAUACAUACCGAUGCAUACAAGUACAAACACACACAUUCACACAAACAUACAUACACAUACAUACAUACAGCCUCCAAGCACUGACCUAGGCUCCCCCCCCCGCCCCCAACACCUUUACCUGCUCCUUCCUUUGCCCCCUAAGGUAGCAAUAACAUGACAUCACCCCCCCCCCUAAAUAGCUUGUCUUAUUCUCAGAACUUUACUGCCAGGUUGUGGCAGAAUUACCGUGCCAUCAAACUCUGGCCGUGUCAGAGUUAUGGGUUAGUAGGGCGUGUGUGUGAUUUACGUGCGAGCAAGCGAGCAGAGGUAAAACAAGUGACACUGGUUCAGGAAGGGACACUGGGGUGUCUCCAGUGGGUGUGUUCCAUUGCCAUGGCAACCCAGCAGCCUAGGGGCAUGUGGAGGGUUGGUCUGCACACCUGCUGUCCCCUCGGUGGUCUAUCACAGACGACCGUACAUCAACCUCCGGAAACACUAUCUAACACGCAUGUCCGUCUGACACGAGUCACAUCUUUACCACUGCAAGCAGUGGGUCAGGACAUCUUCAUCGCUACAAGCAGAGUCCUGCUGAAGCCACCUGAGGCUGUAUGAGCAGACUGGGGCAGAUGAAGAGAAGGAGUCUCCACGAGACCAGGAAUACCAGAAUGCACAGUACUGCUAGGGUGUAGGGGAAAGCCUGAAAACCCUUCUGGCACAAUGCAACCUGAGAGUGUGUCUUUUCAGGUCUAAAGAGGCAGAGUCAGAUCGUGUGUGUGUGUGUGUGUGUGAGUGUGUAGGAAAGAGACAGAGAAAGAGCGACAGAAUGAAUGUAAGAAUGAAUGAGUGAGUGAGAAAGGUUGAUUUUGUGUGUGUGCGUGUGUGUGAAAGACAGAGAAAUGAAGCGAGAAGGAUGUGUGUGUCAGAGUGAGUAUGCAUAAAAGAGUGAACAUGCAGCUGGGAGGUAAAACAGUGGCAGAGGUUUGGGAUUGUUGUGUAAGGAUAUCUCCUGUAUAACACAGACAGUGCUCAAUAAAGUCUUCCUGAAGUAGCUCA